AUAUUGUGCUAAAGUUGGAUACCUGCUAUUACGCUGUGAAAGACUAACGCACGGAUGAAGGCCCUGUUCUGUCAGUCCAUUUUACAAGUUCGGCUGGCAAGUCAGCGCCACCCUGAUGCAGAACCACGUGAAAUGAACAAACCACCGCAGCCUAUAACGGGACCCACCUCUGUCCCACACCCCUCCCCCUCCCCUGGCCUGACACAGGCUGCCUAUGCCUCUGGACAGCCCACUUCUCUCGUCUUCGCCACCCAAACACCUCAACAAAUGAAUUCUGCACCGCAGCCACGACAGUUUGCCACCGGGCCCCGUGCUUUACACCAACAGCCUUACUAUGCCAACAGGCCCAACAUGCCCACCAGUGUCCCCCGGGUCCAGACCAGCAGCGGGCCUCGUCCGGUUGGUCCCACCCACAUCUACCAGCCCGGCUCCCAGAUGAUGAUGAUCCCUGGUCAGCAGCUGUCCUUUGCAGGCUCCCCUCAGGGCUACUUCAUCCCCCCUGGACAGUACCGGGCUCCCUACAUGCCACCAAGUCCACAGUACCCUGUGACAAGUGGGACAGCAGGCUUCUACCCAGGCACCAGCCCGGCUGAAUACCCCACCUAUGCAGGUGCCUACUACCCGGCCCAGCCCCAGUACAGCCACACACCCCCUGUCCAGACCGCGCCCGUCAUGAUAAGCCCUGCCCAGCCCCAGCAGCAGGCCUUGCCCCCUCAGCUGCCGCCGACCCAACCACCGGCACCCAAGAGGGAGCGCGUAACGAUCAGAAUACGAGACCCCAACCAGGGGGGCCGUGAUAUCACAGAGGAGAUAAUGUCUGGGGGAAGGGCCACCUCCACCCCCACCCCCCCUUCACAGUCCUCCUCCACAGAGGAAGAAGGUCCUGCUCAGACCAACGGAGAAUUUACUAAACCUGUCACCAUCGUGACGAGAACAGAUGAAAUCGCGGAACUUGCGGUUUGCACAGUGACGGCCGCCGAAACCCUGCCUCCAGUGUUGUCAACUCCAGAGCCUGCCACUGCAGCUGUCCCACUGGAGGCCAAACAGGAAACCGAUGGCCAGGUUGCCCCGCUUACCGAACAGGUCGUCAGCGAAUCAGAUGCCCCUGUGGCGGGGAUGAGGCCCGAGGUGCCCAUCCCACAAAGGGAGGACCAGGCCCCUGCCUCCUCCCCCCUGACAGCUUCUACCUCCCCUCCCCCUGCAGAGGUACAGACUCCACCCCCUGCCACCACCAUGGCUCAGGCCAGCCACGCAGUGGGCGCUGGUAUGACCCCCGCGGUGAAGGCAGUGACCCCCGAAGGUCCUUCCACACAGGUAGAGCCUCUGGAUGCACCAGCAUCUGUGGAGAAGCCUCUUGCUCAGGCAGCGGAGGAAGUAGUGGUGGAGGAGAAGGUAGAAAAGGUCAAGAAUGAGCCGGCAAUUACCAUCAAUCCAGAGGUAGUAGUGGCUGUUGUGGUCAUUAAAGAAGACACUGAACCCGCUCCACGACCUCUGACCCCCGUCGCCAUGGCAACGGGCGACGAUUUUGCCCCGUCCUUGAAGUUGGCUGUGGAAGCGGCCACUAAAACUGAGAGCGUGGUGUUGCCGCCAGCGCCUAAACAGAAAGCCAUGACCGAGCCCGUUUCUGCCCCUGCUCAUGCCGUCACUCCCUCUGUCCCGGAGGCAGAGCCUGCCGUGGCCCAAAAGAAGGUGGAGCAGCUGCCCCUGUCCAACGGCCUCCCCCAGGAGGACCCCGACGAGGUAGACGCCCCCGUGGCUGCACUAGAGCGCAUUGCAACGGAAAUCACAGAGCCUGCCACUCCCCCACCUCAGGAAACUGCUAACCCUGCUGCUGCUGCCGUAGAGCAGGAGGAGGAGGAGAAGAAAGAAGAAGAAGAGGAGGAGCGGAAAGAGGAGGAGCAGAAAGAGGAGGAUGCAUCCCCAGUGCCCUUGUCCAGCAGCCCUUCAGAGGACUCGUCUAUGCAAGCUGCUGUGUCUGUGCCAAAGAAGAAGAGGAACAUGAAGGAGCUGAACAAGAAGGAAGCCAUCGGAGACAUGCUGGAUGCCUUCAAAGAGGAGGAGGCGGCACCUGCCACCGAGCCCUCGUCUUCACCGGCGGAGCCCAGCCCUGUGGCCCCGACCUCCUUGCCGCCCGCCGACGCGCCAGACGAGACGUGGGAAGAGAAGGAGGACAAGCAGAACGCCGACACACCCCCGCUCAAACCGGGCGACCUCAAGUACCAGUACAAAGGAGAGCAAUGGAAGCCUAUCGACCCAGAGGAGAAGAAGAGGUACGACAGGGAGUUCCUGCUGGGUUGCCAGUUCAUUAGUGCCAGCAUGAACAAGCCUGAGGGCCUGCCUCUCAUCACCGAUGUUGUGCUAGAUAAGGCGAAUAAGACCCCCAUGCGCCCAGCAGAGCCGGGUCGCAACAUGAACGCCGGGCCAGACUUCACCCCCGCCUUCAUGGGUAACCUGGGUAGACAGUCCUCUGGGGGAGGGGGACCACGGGGCCCUGGAAGGGACCACAUGGGACCCCCCGGACCACGGCGCUCCCAGCAGGGCCAGCGCAAGGAGCCCCGCAAGAUCAUCACAAUCUCCUCAUCGCUAGGUGGCGACGUGGAGCUCAACAAGGCGGAGAAGGCCUGGAAGCCCACAGUGAAGAAGGCUGUGACCCGGGGCCGAGGCGCCGCCCCCGAGGAUGAGGAGAGCGACGACCCCGAGCAGGCCAAGACCCAGGAGCUGUUCAAGAGGGUCCGCUCCAUCCUCAACAAGCUGACCCCUCAGAUGUUCCAGCAACUGAUGAAACAGGUCACAGAGCUGUCCAUCGAUACGGAGGAGCGGCUGAAGGGAGUGAUCGACCUGAUCUUUGAGAAGGCCAUCUCCGAGCCCAACUUCUCUGUGGCCUACGCAAACAUGUGCCGCUGCCUUAUGGGGUUGAAAGUGCCCACCACAGACAAGCCGGGAGUGACUGUAAACUUCCGCAAGCUGCUGCUCAACCGCUGUCAGAAAGAGUUUGAGAAGGACCAGGAUGAUGACGUCAUCUUUGAGGCCAAACAGAAGGAGAUGGAGGCUGCCAAAGAGGAGGAGAAAGCUGGUCUGAAGGCGACGCUGGAGGAGGCCAAAGACAAGGCGCGGCGCCGGUCGCUGGGCAACAUCAAGUUCAUCGGCGAGCUGUUCAAGCUGAAGAUGCUGACGGAGGCCAUCAUGCACGACUGCAUCGUCAAGCUGCUGAAGAACCACGACGAGGAGUCGCUGGAGUGCCUCUGUAGACUGCUGUCCACCAUCGGCAAGGACCUGGACUUUGAGAAAGCCAAGCCCCGUAUGGACCAGUACUUUGCCCAGAUGGACAAGAUCAUCAAGGAGAAGAAGACCUCGUCUAGGAUCCGCUUCAUGCUGCAGGACGUCAUCGACCUCAGACGGAGUGGCUGGGUCCCCCGGCGGGGGGAGCAGGGCCCUAAGACCAUUGACCAGAUCCACAAGGAGGCUGAGCAGGAGGAACAAAUGCAGCAGAUCAAGGUUCAGCAGCAGCUCAUGUCAAGGAACGAUGGAGGAGGACGAGGAGGUGGAGGUGGAGGGGGAAGAGACGGGAGGGGGGGAGACAGAGGAGGAAGGGAUCAGGGGGGCCGCGGGGGCCAGCAGGUGGGAAGGGGCAGCCAGCCCCAAGACGAGGGCUGGAACACAGUGCCCAUCUCCACCAAGAACAGACCCAUCGAUACCAGCCGGCUCAGUAAGAUCACCAAGCCUGGUGCUCUGGACUUCAGCAACCAGCUCCUUGCUCCCCAGCUCGGGGGUAAGGGCAUGUGGGGCAGCUGGGGCAAGGGCAGCAGUGGAGGCACCACAGGAGCCAAGCCUGCCGCCGGAGCUGAACCAGCGGAGACUGGCCGUCCGGCCACCGGCAACCGUUUCUCUGCCCUGCAGCAGUCUGCUCCACCAGCAUCCUCCUCAGACGCUGACCGCAGGGUACCCCAGAGGUCCAGCUCCAGUCGUGACCGGGACAGGUUUGACCGCUUCGAGCGUCACGACAGCAGUCGUGACGAGCGUGCAGGCAGUCGCGACGCCCGCCCCCCUAUCACUAAGCGCAGCUUCAGCCGUGAGACAGAGGAGCGUAGGGGCGAUAGUUGCACCCCUACGGAACCCCCCGUCCGGCGUGUAGCCAGCAUGACUGACGACAGAGACCGGGGAGGCAGCCGUAGCCGGGGAGGCAGCGGUAGCCGGGACAGGGCUCUCAGCAAGGAGGUUGUUGUGAAGCGCGAGACAGCCCCCACCCCUCCCCCCAAUGCUCCGACCAAACCGGCCAUGACCGAGGAGGAGCUGGAGAAGAAGUCCAGCGCCAUCAUCGAGGAGUACCUCCACCUCAACGACAUGAAGGAGGCACUGCAGUGUGUAGUGGAGCUGAACAGCGCCCCGCUGCUCUUUGUGUUUGUGCGGAACGGUCUGGAGAACACUCUGGAGCGCAGCGCCAUCGCCAGAGAACGCAUGGGCCUGCUGCUGCACCAGCUCAUCAAGGCUGGCACCCUGCCCACAACAGAGUACUACAAAGGGCUCCAAGAGAUCCUGGAGGUGGCUGAGGACAUGGCCAUAGACAUUCCCCACAUCUGGCAAUACCUGUCUGAGCUCAUCAACCCCAUGCUCCACGAGGGAGGCAUCCCCAUGGGACAGCUUUUCAGAGAGAUCUCCAAGCCUCUGAUUCCCCUGCGUAAGGCCGGUGUGCUGCUGGUGCACAUCCUCAACUUACUCUGCAAAGGAAUGACCCAUAAGAAGGUGGGCGGUAUGUGGACGGAGGGUAAACUCAAUUUUCUGGAAAGAGAACACACCAUAGGAUGA